AAGCCCUUGGGGAUCUAAUUUAGGGCUUUGGCAUUUUCACAGGUGUCUUUCAAAGAUCACUGGAGUAGUGUUCUUGGAUUUUAGGGCUUUCUGGUAUGUGGACAGUGGAUCUUUUCCCGAAUCUGGGGUUGGAGGGGCGGUGUUGAUCACUGAUUUGCUGAAGGAUUAGAGGAAGUAGCGGAAAGGAAGUGAUGUUCGGACAAGGCAGUGGAAGAGGAAAUGGCAGGUCCUAAUCAACUGUGCAUUCGCCGCUGGACUACCAAGCAUGUAGCUGUUUGGCUGAAAGAUGAAGGCUUUUUUGAGUAUGUGGACAUCUUAUGCAAUAAGCACCGACUUGAUGGAAUCACAUUGCUAACACUGACUGAAUAUGAUCUCCGGUCUCCUCCUCUGGAAAUCAAAGUCUUAGGGGACAUUAAAAGGUUAAUGCUCUCAGUUCGCAAAUUGCAGAAAGUACAUAUUGAUGUUUUAGAAGAGAUGGACUACAACAGUGAUAGCCCCAUGGGUUCCAUGACCCCUUUCAUCAGUGCUCUUCAGGGUUCAGAGUGGCUCUGUAAUGGCGAUCCUUCACAUGACUGUGAUGGACCCAUCACUGACUUGAAUUCUGAUCAGUUCCAGUACAUGAAUGGUAAAAACAAACAUUCUGUUCGAAGAUUGGACCCAGAGUACUGGAAGACCAUACUGAGUUGUAUAUAUGUUUUUAUAGUAUUUGGAUUUACAUCCUUCAUUAUGGUUAUAGUCCAUGAGCGAGUACCUGACAUGCAAACCUAUCCACCACUCCCAGAUAUAUUCUUAGACAGUGUUCCUAGAAUCCCGUGGGCCUUUGCUAUGACAGAAGUAUGUGGCAUGAUUCUGUGCUAUAUUUGGCUCCUGGUUCUUCUUCUUCACAAGCACAGGGACAGAUCAGAGAUGAUGAUGAAGAGCCAUGAACCAGCCAUUGACAGCCUAGACUUAUCUUUCUUUAGAAACAAACAAGAGAUGUCAUUUUCUGUAGUGGAAACUCCUCCAAGGACAGUCUUUGAUCAAAUGUCAAUACUUCUGCGAAGGCUCUGUAGUCUGAUGGGCACUGUGUUCUUGCUUCGCUGCUUUACCAUGUUUGUGACCUCCCUCUCCGUGCCAGGACAGCACCUGCAGUGUACUGGAAAGGUAUAUGGCAGCGUAUGGGAGAAAUUACACCGGGCCUUUGCCAUUUGGAGUGGCUUUGGUAUGACCCUGACUGGCGUUCACACUUGUGGAGAUUACAUGUUCAGUGGCCACACAGUCGUCCUAACUAUGCUGAAUUUCUUUGUCACUGAAUAUACACCAAGAAGCUGGAAUUUCUUGCACACUUUAUCCUGGGUUCUCAACCUCUUUGGAAUCUUCUUCAUUUUGGCUGCUCAUGAACAUUAUUCCAUUGAUGUGUUUAUUGCCUUUUAUAUCACAACAAGACUCUUUUUGUACUAUCAUACUCUGGCCAAUACCAGAGCUUAUCAGCAGAGUAGGAGAGCAAGGAUUUGGUUUCCCAUGUUUUCUUUUUUUGAAUGCAAUGUUAAUGGUACAGUACCUAAUGAAUAUUGUUGGCCAUUUUCAAAACCAGCAGUAAUGAAGAGGCUAAUUGGAUGAAGACCAGUCUUUGUAAUGUGUUCUUGAUUAAACAUACAGUAGAUGUUGAAAAUGAAUAACUUUGCUUUCUCCCCCUAGGUUGUUCCUAGAGGCCUUGUGUUUUGGCUUGUAUGUUGACAAAGUAAAGCUCCCUGUUCUGAGCAAGGCUGUGAUUGUAAAAAGCGAGAAAGAGCAAUCAAAAGUCCUUACAUAGCUGUUUGAAAAGAAAGCUUAAGUAGGUGUUCUCUGCCUCUUCUCUUUAGGCAGAGUUAAUGUUUGUGAUUGAAGUCAGGCUUUUGCCCAUACCUGUUGAAUAUUUGCUUAUUGAACUUAAGCAAGUCAAGCAAUUUGCUGGUUGAAAGAUUUGUAUUAAUUCCCACUAGGACUCUAGUCAAGAAAUAGUUUUUGAAGCUCCUUAUUGUCUUCAAAGGAAAAGCCCCUAUCAAGUGAGCAAUACUUGUUAUUUGAACUAUUUUCUGUGUUUAGAAAAUGCAACUCUGGAAAGUGAUCUGCUUUAUUGUCAGAUAAUUUUUGCCUUCUGAACCAUCUUUAAGUACAGUGUACUGAAUAUGCCAGGAUGCCUGAAACAAGGAGGAGAGAAUGGAAGGGGCGAUAAGAGGUGACAAAGUACUGAUGAGGAAGCCACCUCCCUCCUCAUUAAUGCAAAUGUAGUACUGGCAUUUUUCACCACAAAUGCAACAAAAGAUGCAGUUCCAAUUUUGUUCUGAGAGUUCAGUAUGCCUAUCAGUAAGUAUUCAUGAGGGAAAAAUUACUGCAUCCAUAAAAAUAAAAUUGACUUAAUCUUAGUGAUGUAGGUACCUGGAAUAACUUUGUGCUAUAGUUGUUAGUUAGACAAAUGACAGCCCAAUUUUAUGCUUUUCUAAUGAUGUUAUUUAAUGAGCAAAAUAGGACUGUUUUACCAGUUGUUAGGUCAAGUUCUUAUGUCCUUAAAUAAGGAGGUAUGCAUGCAAAGAAUUUUUUCCCCUUCUGAAAUGAAAUUUAUAACAGGUUUCAGAUAUAACUUUUUGGUUUUUGAAAUUUCUCAUUCUUGCCCAUCAGAAGUGAACAGUCUCAGACAUAUUUGGAUACUAAAAGGUUUUGUUAUUUUUAAUUUUUAAAUACAAUUGUAUACAUACGUUCUUUCCAUUACAUCUUAUUUUGGCAGUCAGGAAGUGAUAUAACUUAGCUGCUGUUUACAACACUAGAGAUUUAGUACCUUAAGUAAUUUCACCUCUAUGGUAACAUUUGUCACUUUAUUUUUAAUGAUUUCAUAUAGCAGUUAUGACAGAAGGGUGGUUAUAGAGGAGUUUGAAUCCCAACUGGUCAGCUUAGCCACUUGGAAUAUUAAUUGUGUAGUCUUUACAUUCCAUUUUAAAACAAGAUGUUAGAAAAAGUGCUGACAUACUGAGAUCUAAAGUUAGAUCUCUCAGGCAGAAGUCUGCUCCUUACCUGGGUGAAAUAUUUUAUUUUUGCACUUUACUUCAUAGUCCCACCCCUGUAUAAGCUACAGAGGAGCCUGAAUGAAUUUGACAGGAAAGGAGUAUUAUGCAAACAAGUUUCAGCCAGUGCUGAAUGACCUCAGUUUGGGUCUGCUCUGAACAUUAUUUUUUAUUUCUCACUUGAGUAAUGAAACAGGGCAAUUCAAGUUUUAUUAUGCUUUUAAAUCUCACACUUCAGGAUCUUAUAAUAUCUUAAAUUGUUGAUUCUAUUACAUGCAAGAGACAAAAAUACCAGUGUUUCAUCUAAGGAAAUUACAUAAUCAUUAAGGGUGAAGGAUGUUUCCUAUGCCAGUUAAAGUGGUUUUGACCUCAAGGGUAAAGAAAUGUACUAUUGCCACUUUUUCCAAAUGGCCGAGCAGAACUGAGUUUAGCUAGAGAGGGACUAAUGUUGGCUUUUGUAAAAAUGUUCAAAAAAAAUCUGGCAACAUUAAUUCUAAAAUGUUAAAGAAAUAGCUGCUUAGUGUUAAAUUUUCCUAACAUCAGUCUUCUUCCCUUCGUGUGGAUUCUAUUCUAGAACAAAAUAGGAAAAAAAAA